AUGUCUUCACAACCACCACCGAAUGGUCCCGGUCGCGGUGUAAGCCAACUGUAUCCCACACCUCCAGUCCUUGGCAUGGUAUCACAAGCACCUCCUGCCGAUACACCUGCACAUGAUGUGAGCCAGCUUUAUGCAUCCACUAGUACUUCUCAUGCCCAGACUCUCAAAACUCCUUCUAAAGCACCAUCGGCUACUGCUUCAAGUCAGUCUCGUCAGUUAGCAGUUAGAGCUUCUCAGGUUCAGCCUCAGCAGGCAUCUGUACGAGUCUCACAGGCUCCGUAUAAUCAGGCAACAGCCAGAGCGUCUCAUGCUGCGACGCUAAGAGGUGCGUCGAAAGCGCCGUCUCAUCAACCGUCUGUUAAACCUUCUCAUGCAGCGACUCUUAGAGGUCCGUCUCAAGCCCCACCCCAUCAACCAUCUAUCAAACCUUCACAUGCCGCUGCUCUCAGAGGUCCCUCUCAAGCCCCACUCCCUCAAACAUCAACUCGUGUCGCAAGCCAGUAUCAUACCACAUCUUCUCGAAUGCCAAAUGGCCAAGCCUCCAUCAGUGCAAAUAACGGUGCCACAGAGCUUAGACAUGAUGUUUCCCAGCUGCCAACAAUUAUGUUACAAGCUCCAUUUGAUCACAAGACAUUAAUCCAACGCGACACCACCCUAAUCGCUCAACCCACGCUUCUCCAACGCGACGCAUCUAAAAUGCCAUUCUCCACGCCAACCAUAAAAGAAGCCAGCAAAGCCCCCACCAUCACCCCCUCUCAAAAAUUCCAAAACCUCUCCAGCGUCCGAAGUAUCCUACACUUACCCGUCGAUAUACAAAUGGGCCAGUCGACAAAGCACGAUCAACGAAAUGAAAGGACCCGAGCGCAAAGCUCAAGAACGAGUGGUCCUUGGGCAAACUCGGACAAUUGGAUACUGGAUGUCCGCAGAAUUAUGGAUGGUCUCGUCAGAGCGAUGGUUAUAUUUGUGAUGGGGGAAGUCACUAUAUUACGGAUUUGUUAUUGGCGGAAGGUAUGGGUGGUAUGUUUGUGGUGA